ACCUAAUGACUUUGCUUCAAUGAUUUGGGGAGACCAACCACCUUACAAAGAUUCAGUUAAGAUUGUUGAUGGCAACAAGUUAUGGUUUGUAAGACUGAAAAAAACUGAUGUUGGCCAUGUUCUUGCUGAUGGCUUCACCAAAGUUGUUCGGGAUAGUUGUAUAAGAAAAAAUAACUAUCUUAUGUUUCAGUCAUUUGGACAAUCAUCAUUCUUUCUAAUGGUGUUUAAAUCAUUUGUUCAUCAAUACUGCUUUAUAUCCAAAAUCACACCUGACAAAGACGUUAUUGUCAUGGCUGAUGAAUUUUGGAGGCAAUUUUAUGGGAAAAAUUUCAAAGAUGGUAAACGAUCUUGCCUUAGACAGCCGAUCUAUCUUUGUCUUUUCAAUGGUUGGAAAUAAAAUUUUCGAGCUUUCAGUCUUUAAUCAUCAAACCAGUACUCAAAUUCAGAACAACAAGGUUGAGUUAGUUG